AUGAGAGCUGUCACGGCUCGUGGUGCCAUCCAUGGUAGGGAGGCAGUAGCUCACCAAGGCUGCCCCAAGGCUAGGAAUGCGAAUACCAAGAAUGCAAACACAGCUCCUCCCGUCCCAGAUAAGGAGGUUUCUAAUGUAGAAUUUAGGAAUGCCAUUCAGAUGUUGGCUCAGAGUGUGGCCAACCAAAACAAUCAGCUGGCUCUAGCUCAGGCAAACACUAAUGUAGGGUUAGCUGCAGCCAGAGUGCGAGACUUUGUUAAGAUGAAUCCGCCAGAGUUCUUAGGAUCGCAGGAGAAUAGGGGUAAAGAUGCAGCUCCUAUUACUUGGGAUUGUUUCAGUGAAACCCUUCUGGAUAGGUAUGCUACUUACAGGGUUGCUGAUUCCAGGGCUCAGGUGAAUAAGUUUAUGUAUGGAGUGUCAGACUUAGUGAAGAGAGAAUGCAGGAAUGCUAUUUUAUUGGGAGACAUGAACAUCUCUAGACUCAUGAGUCAUGCUCAGCAGGUGGAGGGUGAAAAUCUUAGGGAACAUGCUAAGGAGAGUAAGAAAGUGAGAACAGGCAACUAUGACUAUUCUCCACAGAAAUCGAGUGGUGGAAAUCACUUGCAGAGUCAGCAAAAAUUUUCAACUCUAGCUCCUUCAUCAUCUAGUGUUCCAUCCUCGAAGUUCUGGAAUAAUAAAAAAGGUGGAGCAUCAGACUCUAAGUAUCAAGGGAGUGUUAUAGUUAUGAAGGCUAAAGAGCAAGGGAAGCCAACUACUGGCAAAAAGGACCUAACAAGCUGA